CAAACGAGAGUCGGUCCGCGCCGAGAUAGUGUGCGCGUCGUCGCGUCGUCGUGCGUGCGUGCCAGCCUGUCCGCCCUGCGUCAGUGUUUAGUGCGCGCGCGCGCGCGCGUGUGUACGUGCGUCGUGUUGUAUGUGCGUGCUGCCUCUGUGCCGUGCGCGGUACCGGUGUCGCGUACGUUUCGCGCGUGUGUAUAUUGCGUUCUCGGAAGAAGCGGAGACGAGUGAGAUAUGCCGUUCGCAGCCUCCGUCGCCGCCACCGCCAUCGCCACCGCCACCGCGAGCUACUGCGUGACGAACGGCGCGCACGUGAAUCGUGCGCACGCCGCGACGGACACGCACGACGAGUGAUUUCGGAACUGUCGGCAUGGCAAGUAAUGUGGGACACGGCAACGGUGGCAGUGCUCUAGUGAUUCUAUUAUCGACGCGCCAUCGACGUCGGCUAGGUCCACUUUCAGCCGGAGGAGCGACACUGUACCUACGGCCCACAUAAUUACGGCGUGCGACGACGGCGCAAUUAUGAAGGCCAAAAUGUACUUCGUUCUCAAUAAGAAGGCGCUGUGAAGAUAACUCGAAGGCGGCAGCCGCGGUCAGCGUUUACUUGUUGUACGCAACCUUUGCGGGGAACUCGCGCGACCUCAAGACUUCUGAUUUCUUCCGGGAAAGGAAACACCCCCGUGAGUUUGAAACCGGGUUACCCGGAGCCCGCACGGGGGAGGGAGAAUCGGAGAAGGUUCACGCGAGCCUGGACGAACGCGGACGAUCGAUCGAUUACCUCCUUGAGGGAGGAAGGAGGAAGGGACGGAGGAGGAGGAGGAGGACAAGAGCGCGGAAUAACCCAGAGUGUUUUUCUCGUGGGGGAGAACUGCGUCGCUUUUAAUCCGCAGUCUACUAAUUAUCGCCUUUGAGAAGCCCAAGAAAAAGGUCGAACAAUCGGACACGAUCGAGGCUGUGGGCGGGGGAGGAAAAGGCGGACGAAGGAAGAGGAGUAGGGACGAGUUCGCAGGGUCGACUAUCAAUCGUCGAUCAAUCAAAGAAAACGAAAGUGGUGGUCGGGGCGGCACGUGGGGAUAAGGUCGGGAACGUUCAACGGGAGGCUUUCAAGCGCGCGGUGUUCAAUGAGACAAGGAGAUGAGGACGAGGAAGUCGCUGCUGCCGAUCGUUCUGCUGUGCGUCAUGGUGGUGGGCCUGGCGCUCUGCCAGGAGAAAAGGUGGCCGAAAACGGCCACGAAGCACCGGGAUAAAAGCGCCAAGGGCAAGUACAGCCCUGAUUACGCAGACAAGACGAGGGGGGAGGAUGACUCUUCCUACGAAUCUGGAUUUCUGGACACCUUGGCCGCUAGGAACAACAGAGCGAUCGAUAACUCCAGAUCUACGGAUAUCGGGUUAAAAAACAAUCAGCAGUCUAGUCAAUCGUCGAAUCUACCCAAGUCGCACACGAAAUCGAGCGAGGAGGUAGGACGAGAGAAAGGACGAAGACCCAAGAACAUGACGAUCGGGGACGGUAUUUGUCAGAGCAUAGAUAUCAGGAACAACGUUGACUCGUUCUCGGUAUUAAAGGACUGCCGCGUCGUCGAGGGUUUCCUGCAAAUCGUACUGAUCGAGAACAACACCGAGGCGGACUUCGAAAACGUUAGCUUCCCGGAGCUGAGAGAAAUCACCGGCUACUUCCUUCUGUAUCGCGUGGAAGGUCUGAGAAGCCUCACGAAGCUGUUCCCGAAUCUCGAAGUCAUCAGGGGUGAUAUACUCCUCACGGAUUACGCCUUCAUGAUUUACGAGAUGAAGAACCUGCAGGAGAUCGGCCUCACCAACCUGAUAAAGAUAUCUCGGGGCGGCGUACGCAUAGAGAAGAAUCCCGCUCUUUGUUUUACGAAUACCGUGAAUUGGAACCUCAUCGUUUCAGCCGGCGAGAACUUCAUCAAAGAUAACAGAAACGAACAGAAUUGCCCGCAUGUGAAAGGAUGCCCUCACUGUCCUGGCAGUUAUUGCUGGACUGCCCAAAAUUGCCAGAAGUUAGAGAAACCAAAAUGCCAUGAGCAAUGUCUCGGGGAAUGUUACGGUGCAACCAAUACCGAGUGUUAUGUAUGCAAGCAUUAUCGGCACGAGGAAAAAUGCAUUGAAAAAUGUCCGGAAACAUUAUAUGCAUAUCUCUCGAGACGGUGCAUUAACGAGGAGGAAUGUUACAACAUGAAUCAUAUCAGAAAAUUUUCUAAAUUGGAGGAAAUACAGACAUGGCGACCUUUCGAAGACAUGGGAUCCUUUCGUUCCUGUGUCACUCAAUGUCCCGAUGGUUUUGAAGAUUAUGUCGACGACAAAAAUGUAACAAGCUGUCGGGAAUGCAAGGGACUGUGCCGUAAAAUCGCAAAAGGUGCUAUCAUACGGCAUAUUUCGGACGCUCAGAGUUUUCGCGGUAUAACAGUAGUGAAGGGGGCUUUGGAGUUUCAAAUCAGAAAUGGUAAUCCAAAUAUAAUGAACGAAUUGGCGGACGCGUUCGGUUUAAUCGAGGAGAUAACCGAGUACCUGAAGAUAACGCAUUCUUUUCCGAUCACAUCGCUGAACUUCUUCAAGAAGCUGAAAGUGAUCAGGGGUGAAAAUCUAGACUUAAACAACGCGAGUUUGGUGGUUCUGGACAAUCCGAAUCUCUCCGCCCUCUUUCCGCCAACCCAAAACCUAACGAUAGAGAAUGGCAGGCUGUUCUUUCAUUAUAAUCCCAAGCUCUGUCUUUCCAAGAUAGUACAGCUCGGUAAAAUGGUGAAUAUCACCAACUUCACCGCUCUCGAGGUCCAGCCGGAAUCGAACGGCGACAAAGUUGCCUGCAGUAUCGACAACAUAAACAUCACGGUGAAGGAGCGGGAUGCGGAUCAUGUGAUUUUGAAUUGGGACGGCUAUAAGCCACCGCAGGGCCAACAGCUGCUCAACUAUCUGCUAAAUUACAUAGAGACCGAGAACGAAAAUAUAACGUACGAGGCGAACGCUUGCGGUAAUAACACGUGGCAAAUCGUGGAUGUUGUGAGUUCGAAUUUGACCGUUUCGAAGUAUAUCACCAACUUGAAACCGUACACCAAGUAUGCCGCGUAUGUGAAAACAUUCACGACGAAGAACAAGAAGAAGAAUUCUUCGAAUUCCUUCGUAACUCCAACUCCGGUCGGCCAAUCGGAGAUUAUCUUUUUCCGGACGAAGAGCGCGAUACCUUCGGUGCCGACGAACGUGAGCUCGACCGCUUUAAGCGACAGUGAAAUUCUACUCAAAUGGGGCCCGCCGGUGUACACGAACGGUCCUAUAGGCUACUACAUGAUCUCCAGUACGAUUCGACCGGACGAUCAGAAACUGAUCGCCUCUCGUGAUUACUGUGUCGAUACUUUGGUUAGCGAAGCCAAGGAGGUGCAUGAGGUGACGAUUAAGACGUCGCUGAUCUCGAAUCCCAAUUCCUGCUGUUUAAAGGACACAAAGACUUCUAAGCAGUUCGAGAUAUUCUGCCACAAGAAUAUGACCAUCAGCCAUUUGUCGCCCGGCUGGAAGGACUACUGCGUCUUUAACAACUACAAUUCACCGGAGAAUAAAUUUUAUGAUGUGACAAACAAUUUAUCCACCUCGACGCAUGACGGGCAGAAAAUUGCGACAGAUGGUUCCGUUAACACUGGUAGCCAAUUGAGCGAGGAGACGCACCUGUACAAUGUCAGCGCGCAAAAUACUUCGUAUCUUUUGAAGAACUUGCGCCAUUAUUCUUUGUACACCAUCACAAUUGCUGCGUGUGGCGUCAAGGAGAGCGAUGUAUCGAUGUGCUCGACCAUUCAGUAUGCGAACGUCCGGACGUUGAAGCGACCGAACGCGGACGAUGUUCACAACAUGAAGGUUCAUGUGACUAACGAUACGAUAGUCGAAGUCGUUUGGGAAUCAGUUGAUAAUCCAAACGCAUUCACUGUCUCGUACACCAUUGAGUACACGAAUCAGGACGUGAAGGAUGCGAGGAAAAGUACCGAGUGCGUACCGCACAUCGGUAACAAGGAUAAAUACAUCAAUUAUUACCUCAAAAACCUCAGUCCGGGUAAAUACAGCCUGAGAAUGCGUUCCACGUCACUAGCGGGUGAUGGCAUCUUCACCAAUACAGUUUACUUCUCAGUCGGUCUAUCGGAUAACAGUCAAAUAAUGAUGGCAACGCUGUUGACUGUAGCUGUGCUAAUCAUCGCUGUGAUCACGAUAAUAUUCCUUGUCAGGAGCCACCAGAAGAAGAAGACGCAGGAACGCUUGAUAGCAAGCGUGAAUCCAGAUUAUAUCGAGACCAAGUAUGUCGUUGACAGCUGGGAAGUACCCAGAGAGAACGUCGAGAUCCUGGAGGAGCUCGGUCUGGGUAACUUCGGCAUGGUUUACCGAGGAUAUCUGGACGGUACUGGACAAGUAGCUAUCAAAACGAUCUCCGAAACCGCCAGUCAACGGGAAAAGAACGAGUUCCUGAACGAGGCCUCGGUCAUGAAGAACUUUUCGACAUGGCACAUCAUCAAGUUGCUGGGCGUAGUUUCCAUGGGCAAUCCGCCAUUUGUCAUCAUGGAGCUGAUGGAGAACGGCGAUUUAAAGACGUACCUGCGUAGGAUACGUGACACUCAGAUGGUGCCGAACGCGUCCAGGAUAAUGAGAAUGGCCGCGGAAAUCGCUGACGGUAUGGCCUAUCUGGAAUCGAAGAAAUUUGUGCACCGCGAUCUAGCCGCCCGCAAUUGCAUGGUAUCCAAGGACCUGGUCUGCAAGAUCGGCGACUUUGGCAUGGCGAGAGAUAUCUACGAGACCGAUUACUAUAAGAUCGGCAAGAAGGGCCUGCUGCCGAUACGCUGGAUGGCGCCGGAGAACCUCUCCGACGGCGUAUUCACAUCCGACUCGGAUGUGUGGUCAUUCGGUGUCGUGCUCUACGAGAUACUCACCCUCGCCGAGAUACCGUAUCAGGGUUUCUCGAACGAGGAGGUGCUGCAUCACGUGUUACGCAAAGGCAUGCUAAACGUACCGCGCAACUGUCCCGAGACCAUACAGAAGAUCAUGGAGAAGUGCUUCAAGUGGCGGCCCAGCGAGCGUCCGACCUUCAUGGAGAUCGUCUCCGAGCUGGAGCCGUUCCUGGGCCAGGACUUCUGCGAGAAGUCGUUCUACCACUCCGACGAGGGCAUUGAGAUACGUAGCCUCGGCAUCAAGAAGGUCUAUCACAAUGCCGCGCCGAUUCGAUUUCACUGGGGUCACGAGACCGCGAGGUGGGUGAAGGACUUCGAGGACAACGUGACGUUGCUCGAUCAGAUGAAGGCGGGCACCAGCCGGGGACGGAUCUUCAAGAACGGCUUUCAGCACUUCGGUAAUGUAACGAACUUCGAGGACGUUCCGCUCGAUCGAUGAGAUUAGCCGGUGUACCGUUGAGCGGAGAAAACUCAACGGAACGAGAGAGAAAGAGAGGUAACUGCUUGAAACCGUCUUUGAUCUCACAAAAUCCGCGGAAGGGCAUGUAGAUAUUAACGUACAAACAAUACUCAGGGCAAUACGCGAGUGGUCUGACGAGAGGCCGUUGGACGAAAAUAAAAUGUAAAGAUGUUACCAAAUCGCUCGCAUGCUCGUUUGCUCACUUGUUCGCUCACCUGUUCGUUCGUUCGUUCGUUCGUUCGUCCGUUCGCUGGCGCGGCAACAAGUGUUUCGUGUCCUUCUCUUGUUGCGGGUCAAACGUAAUCAGAUCUUUGACGGUGGAUAGCAAUGCAGAAAGAAAGAAGCGCAUUGUCGCGACGGUGUAUGGAAAAGAUGGUGUUCGUAAUAGAAGCUAAGCUGUCGAACAAUUAGGUAAAUAAACGUAGGCGCGUAGUGUUUCAUAAUCAAGAGCCGUGGCUUCAUAGAUACGUGUUUCUUUUUCUUAAACACGCCCGAAGUUUUUUCUGUCAUGUAUCAACUGUUCAUUCCUUUCGGGAUUGCUUUUCUCUGUUCGUACCUUCGUACGGACACAUAAGUUAGUCCUGAGGCAAUUAUUCCCGAAUCUUGCUCGAACUUUUAACGAUAUUCACAAAAUCAUAAGAUACACAACCCAUUAAUCUCUGUUCUAUUGAUGAACCGUGUUUGGAUGAUACGUUUUUUCACACUUUUGACGUUAGACACAAUCCUAAUUUUAAAAAAAUCAGAAUUUUCCCCUCUUGAUAAAUCAUCGUAAA